GUUUACGCGCAGCGGCGGGUAUCCCAGGAAAGGAAAAAUAAAGGGGGACACCAUGGAAACACAAGUGAUGUAAAAAAUAAUAAAAAAAAAAUCCAGACCGGAUGUUGAUCAGGAGCACCAUGACUGCUUUAAAGGACUAAUGAUUUUGGAUCUUGUCACUAUUUUAUACUUUUACCUGCAUCUAUCCGGAUCAAUCAUUCACUCUGCGAUCCACUCUGGUCUUAUAUAAACCCACCAGUCAGUCUACUGGGGUUUACUUCAUUUGAUUUCGAGUCCCGCUGUGAGGAUGGACACCCGGUUGCUGGUUUGGCUCUGCACCAUCGCUGCCCUGUCGAGGACCCGGAGCCCCGCGGCUGCUGCGGGGAGAAGCUGCGCUGACACCCGGCAGGUGUACUCAGAGAAGGGGUACAGCACCAGCACCGCGCCUGUGACUCAAAUCUCCGGUGAGCACCUGCGACUUUGUCCUCAGGAUUAUACCUGCUGCUCCAGUCAGAUGGAGGAGACUCUGUCCCUUCAGAGCGAGAGGGACUUCUUGAAAGCCAUCGAAGACAACAGCCAAUUCCUCUUGACCACCUUCACACAGAGACACCGCCGGUUUGAUGAGUUCUUCAGGGAGCUUAUAGACCUUUCCGAGAAGUCUAUGAACCAGAUGUUUACCAAGACCUACGGCCGCCUCUUCACUCAGAACACACAUGUCUUCCAGGAGCUGUUCGUGGAGCUUCGGAGAUAUUAUUCCGGGGGCAGUGUGAGUUUGACAGAGGUCUUCUCAGACUUCUGGUCCGGACUUGUGGAGCGAGUCUUCUCAUUGGUCAACCCCCAAUAUCAGUUCAGUGAUGACUACCUGGAGUGUGUCAGCAAACACACUGAGCAGCUACAGCCGUUUGGAGAUGUUCCUCGCAAACUUCGAGUGCAGGUGUCCAGAGCUUUCAUAGCUGCUAGAGCUCUAUCUCAGGGCCUGGCUUUUGGUCGGGAUAUGGUAAAUACGGCCACAAAGUUGACAGCAGAUUCAGAGUGUGUGCGUGGCCUUAUGCGUCAGUGGUACUGCCCUCUGUGUCGAGGCUUGCCCUUUCUCCGGCCCUGCCACUCGCUGUGCCUUAACGUGAUGAAGGGAUGCUUAGCCAAUCAGGCAGAGCUGGACACAGAGUGGAACAAUUUCAUAGAUGCUCUCUAUGUGGUAUCUGAGAAACUGGAGGGGCCGUUUAACUUUGAGCUCGCAGCCGACUCCAUUUCUGUAAAAGUGUCUGAGGCCAUUAUGCACAUGCAGGAGAACAGUGUGAGCAUCUCCAGAAAGGUGUUCCAAGGUUGUGGGAAUCCAUCUCCAGCAAGGAACAAACGUUCUCCCAGCGAGUCAGGGGGGAACAGGAAGCCCUUUCGCACCUACACCCCCGAGGAGAAACCCACCACAGCUGCAGGCACCAAUCUGGACCGGCUGGUUACUGAGCUGAAGGAGCGACUGAGGCCCAUGCGAGGCUUCUGGGUGUCCCUCCCACACACCAUCUGCAACGAUGAGAGGAUGGCUGCCGACGUCACUAAUGAGGACCGCUGCUGGAACGGGCAGACCCGGGGGAGGUACCUGCCGGAUGUUACAGGCAACGGCCUCGCCAGCCAAAUAAACAAUCCAGAGGUGGAGGUGGACAUUGCCCGUCCAGAUGUGAAGGUCAAACAGCUAAUCGUGGACCUGAAGGUGGUGACCAACAAACUGAAGCAUGCUGAACGCGGACAGGAUAUAAAUUUCAUAGACAGUGAGGAGGGCAGUGGCUCAGGGGGUGGAGAUCAUGAUGAAAGGUACAGUGAUGAUUGGCCAGGUUAUGGCCCUCACUCUCCUCCGUACAGCAAAACCCCACGUAACCCCGUCUCCAAUCCGGCAAAGCCUCCGCGAGGCCGGGAAAGAAACGGGUCCAAGUGGAGCAGAAACAACGGCCAGGGGGGCGUCAAAGCCUCUGCCACCUCUCCUCAUCUGCACACUUCCUCCCUUGUUUCCUUGUUGUCCUUGCAGUUUGUGAUCACGGUUGCCCCCUGGUGGAGAUAGCUGGUUAUUACAAUCUGGAGGUGUAGGGAGUUUUCUGUCAUGCUGCCGUCUUAAGCACAUUCUGAAGAUUUAAAAAAAAAAAGCAAUUCCAUUCCAAGGACAAACCCAGGCUAAAUUAGCAAUAAUAAAAACACUUUUUUUUUUUUACACUACACUGAAGAAAUCAAAAUGAAAUAAUCUCUCCCCGAUUAUCAAAAGCAAACAUUCCCCAAUUUGGAGGUUAAAAAUUUUUUAAACAAGGACAGCUAUGUUUUAAGUGCCAUUUGUGAGAUUUUGACCUAUUGGAGUUUGAUAGUGAGUGGUGUACUUUUUUUGAUGAAAUUUAAAAGAGAUUUUUGUAUUAUUAUUUUAACAUCAAGUGAAUUAGCACCUUUUCUGAGUGUUUGAGACAACGAAUAGUCUCAUCUGUGAAGUAGAGAUUAGUGGUGACAAUUAUUAUGUUUCAGCAAAAGGUUGAUUCAAACCAAGGACAUCUGUUUGCUGCUUUACUUGCUUUUACUCAACUGACUGAGCCUGUUACUUCUUUUGUCUUGUCUAAGAGAGGACUUUAACUUACAUGUCCAACUUGAUCCGAGAAAUAAAAACAAACACAUUAUUCUGAAAACCAAACCAGGGGCUGAGUUUGAAUGUGAAGUAUUAAAGACAUUUUUUUUAAACUUAUUUGUAAAAUAUUUUGUUGAUAUACAUGAGUUUGAAGGCACUGAUUUGUGUAACUGGAAAAACAGAGAAUGGUAAAGAUGCAUUUAUAAUCAUGAUCUUAGAAUAUAUUCACCAUGCUAUUGUAAAACAGUUCCCAUUAUUUGAAUUCUUCUUCUAUGGUUUAGUCAGAUCUAGACAAAAAUGAUGCUCCCAUCUUGUGAGUGACUUUUUCUGGCUGUUUGGAAAUUUGUUUACUUUCUUCUUCCAAAAAUAACAAAGAACGAUCUUUAACUAAUGUGAUUUUGAGUUAUUAGAAAAAACCCUAAAACAGUUGGUUUCAAAGAAAACAUGUUGUGGGAGAUUAUUGGAUCAUAAUUUUCUGAUUGUGUUGUAUUGCUUGGCUAUCAAAAUGUUGCAAAAAAAUUACACAUGUUGGGUCAUUACAUACAAUGGAUGUGCAUGGUAUUAAGUUGUAAACGUGGUGCACCAUAUUUGCCAACUGAAAAUUUGGAUUUUAAUUUGCUGCCAACAAACUCUAGACAUUUCUAUGUUUUUGAAUUUUAUUUUGAAGUAAAACCACUAAUCAGCUGUUUGCUCAUAUAAAGACUUGUGCACUAAGAAUGUUUCCCAAAAUGUCACCAUAAAACACAAAGUUACUGAAGUCUGUUGGUUGGACCUUUGAAGAGAAAAGAGGCACUGAGACUUGACAAGAAUGUAUAAAUGCUGCAAACGGACACUGGAAAAUCUGGUUUUAACAGAAAAAGGAAAUGCUCUAUCAUACAAAACAGCCACUGUUGUAAAAAAAUAAAAAUAAAAAUAAAGCUUUUAUUUGCUCUGCUUUUAAAAAGUUAAUUCCGAGCCAAACUUUUCCUCCGAAUAACACCAGCAAGUCAGAAGUGAUUGUCAUUUCAGAAAAAAAGCCUUCUAGUAGAAUCAGUGGCAUUCAUCUGCAUUGUUUCACCACACACAGCAUUAAAUUACACAACAAUGAAAGUGUUUUAAUUAUGUGCUUUUGAUGAUCAGCAGCCAGAUAGUUGAGUGGCAGCAUCCAUUGUACAUGUUAAACUUCAGGAACUCUUUCUCUGGUAACUUCUGCAAACAUUCCUGUCGAGGUGAAAAUAUGGCACAACCUUUUUUCAUGUUGUAACUGUUUUUUGGUAUCAAACCAGUAAUAUUUUCAGCUUCAAUAAAAACCUGAAGGAAAA